AUGAUCUCCGCCCCGCCCCGGCCGGUGUCGGUCAAUUCGCUUGCCAGAGCUCCAGCACAGUUACCCCUUCCAAGCAAGACGGCCCGCAGCACAAGCGCAGAGAUCCCAUUUCGAGACAGUCACUCACUUCCUGUCGUUGAGAUUGAUACUUGUGUCCCCGCACCGGUCCCCACUUCGCCCGGACUCGGCAGAGAAGAGACCCAGUUCGCGAAUCUGCCUAUCGAAAUUCAUGAGAAUAUUCUGGAUCACAUCUUCGGUGAGAGAGCGGCUGCUUCCGCAAAUACCAAGUCUUCCGCGCAGAACUGGAGCAAGGCUUUUCGUCAUCCGCGGCGCAAGGCCCUCUCAAAUCUCGCCUUGAUCUGCCGGGUGUGGACUCCACUCGUCCAGAGCCGCAUUUACAGACACAUUAAGGUCAAAGGAACCCAGGAUGGCUUGGCCGAAUGCGCACGAUGGUUCAUGACGAGUCCACACCUCAUCCUCCACGUCCGUCAUAUUGAGGUUUGGAUUCCAGUCUGGGGUGACCGAGUCCAUCGUCCCCUUGUUACUCGUCCUACUGUCGAGCCUGCCCCAUGGGGGGAUCCCCUCGUACAGGGGAUGAUGGACUGGUGGACUCAGCCUGAUACUCAAAGCACAAACGAAAUCCACUAUCACAUCGCUUCGCGGACUGCUACCCUGGAAGAAAUCUUUGAGCUUGCCCAGAGAUUCUUCACCGCUGCCCGCGUCCUUACGCUCGAGGGAGGCCACUGUAAAAACCCGCCCAUGGUCCAGCAUUUCAGAGGCCUUCCCGGCCGGUCGACUUCAUUUUUCAGCUUCCGGCGUCUUCCCGUGCUCAGCAACAUCGAAACUCUCGUUAUGCGCGGCGCCUGGAACCUGAUGCGCGAUUUCGAAGACUGGCAUCACAUUUCACGGGCGCUUCCGGCGUUGCGGGAAUGGCAUUGUUCUUACGCCCAACCCCAGCCAAAUGCCUACCUCACCAUGAUGCACAUCUUGAUUCGUCCUCCAGCUACAAUUCGACAUCUCAAUCUGACCUUGGAGGGUUUCUACAACAACAAAGACGCUACGCAGACCUCGUUCCUCACUCCUCGAACCGUGCUUCCGCCAAUCUGCACGUUACUUGGCCAGUCGGCUCCGCACCUAGAGUCUCUUUCAUUCACAGGGAGAAUCUGCGUGUGCCUCUUCGAUGCCAUGAAAACCGAAUUGGAGAAGAUGACGUCGACUCCCCGUCUGAAGUCCCUAGACAUUGUAGUCAAGUCAUGUUGUCGUGAUGAGCCAGCCAACAAGAACGAUGUCGUAAUGCCCCCAAGCCAAGAAUUGUCCGGGAUCAACAACAUGAAUUUCAUCAACAUUUUCGAAUCAAUUAUCAUCGGAGCAGUCGAGGGUCUAGCCGGCAUGCCGCAUCUCGACUAUAUUCGGAUCCGCUACAUCGACCUGGACUCGACCUGUCCCCUACUCAACCCCUACUUCCAACUCUCCAACAAUAAAUGCACCGGUCUAUGGAGCCAUGACAUCCUAAACGCUCUCCAGGUCAGCCGCCCCGAUGCGCACUACGUCGAACUCGCAGACGGCAUCUACCCUCAAUAUGGAAAAAACAACCAUAUUGUCGGAGCCAUCUACCCUCGAACUCGACCGCAAAGCAUCAAUGCAGCCAUGUACAAAAUAAUUGCCGACGUGAACAAGUUCUAA